AUGAGGCUGAGCAGCGUCUUUCAGAUAUACAGAAUCACGUCACCAGGUCCCUUCGUCAAGUGGUUCAUGUCAGCCACGAACGAUAACCUUCCCACUAUUCAGCCGCCAAGGACUUGGUUCGCCUCGUCUUGGAAGGCUCGCUUAAGAAAAAUCUCUGCAAAUCAAACCGAUGGACCAUCCUCCGCUGGCACAUGUUACAUGAUGCAUGCCAUACUGGUCAUGAUACACGUCGUCCUUGUUAUAUUAUAUAUCGCUCACUGGGAACACCGUGUGACUCUGUUAUUCACGCCUAUGAACAAUGAUUUCUGGCCUGUGGUGUUGAGUGCUUCACUGCAAGCAUUUUACACUAUUUACACGGCUGUUCUACUCUUCCUUACCCAACGGCUUGCGGUGUCAAGAACGCUAGUACGCCGCCAGAAAUUGACCGCCAUUCACGAUGUCUCGGGUGCAUGGGCAGGCCUCGGCUCCGCACUCAGCAGUGUCUGGCAACAAACUGAUGUCUCUGCCUCAUGGUGGAUGACAUCUACUGUGGCAGCCUACCUUGCGUGCAUUUCUGUGCUGCAUGUCACCUCUUCCACUCUCCUACAAAUUCAAACGUUCAGUACUUCUAUGACGACUUCUGUCCCAACAACACUAGCCUGGCUAAACGAUCUAUCAACGAUAACAUCUCCAAACUAUUCUGCUGUAUACGAUGUGAACUGGGAACCCAUCACCGCAUUCUUACCAGUUUUCAAUCAAUUGCCCGGAGUGGUCUCUGCAGGAUUAUCCAACACUACAGUCUACGACACCCCACAACAAACAAAUGCUAUAGUAGGAAAUGCAACUGUGAAUGCAACGACGAUAACCUCAUAUUGCGGAUUGCUUCCCAAUAUUUCGUCCUCUGUGAUAUACCCUCCAAAUACUUCAUUUAAUCCCACUCCAAUUAAUCCGAUGAUCUUAGCAAAUACUUCGUUUGACAAUGGAGCUUUGCUCUUUUUUGGCGCAUCAAUUCCCUGGUCAGACCAGAUACGAGUGCUUAGCUCCGGUUUGAUUCCACCUCAUGGCGAGGCUGGCGUCGUUUUCAUGGUCUCUACAUUAUUAGACAUCGAUCCUUCAGUGAAAGAUGUAUUCGCUGCACCGAUUCCUUGGGAAAUGAAGAAUUCUUCGGGGGUCCUUGAACUUUAUUUUGUGCAAUGCUCGCUGUCGGCCGUGAGCGCAGAAGCGGUGAUUGACAUCCAAACCAAGAUUCUGCAGAAUCCCGUGUCUGCCUCGCAAUCAUCUAGGCAGUGGGAGAUUAACCAAUGGUCAUCCGAUACUUGGCAAUCCGUGAUUGGUGAUGCUCUGGCUAAACCGGUCAGUAGCGGGUAUUCAUUCAUGAAUUCAGCUGGACCCUCGAUAGUGGACGAGUAUAUCAUGUCAUUGGUAGGCUUAAAUCUCACCGCCGAGUAUGAUCAAUCUACGAUGGGAGGCCUUCCCAUCCCUGCUGUCGUUUUGAGCCCGGAUAAACUCGAAGCUGCUAUUGCACGGGUAGCCGCACAACUCAUUUGGAUAGUGGGGCAAGUGGGCUUGUCCAAUGGAGGACUUCAACCUGGGAACGGAAUAACCGAUGUUGUCGAGGAGACGAAUGCCCUACGUCUGAAUUUCAUGAUGGUAUAUCCACAAUGCCAAUUUAUCGAAGAUGAGUCACUUCAGCUGUCCUUUGCGAUAUCUGCGUCGGUGAUCAUGAUGGCAUUGGCUAUAUUCAUGACAAGAGCAUUAAAUGCGUCCAGCAACAGCCAGGCUGUCAUCCCGAAUACAGGUGUAUUGCAACUCUUGUGGCUGGGUCAACAUUCAGCCUCCGUCAACGAAGUCCUGGAAGAUGUGGAGCAUCCGACGGAGGCCAGCCUGCGCCGCGCAGGCAUGAUCAAUGUUUGUUUUGCAAAGACGAUAUCUGCCGAAGAAAAGUUGGAGAGUUCCUUUGAUAGCCUCUCUGGUCAAGUUGACCACGGUCGUGACGACGAGAUGUGA